AUGGCUCAGGAGUCAACUUGGAGCUCGUUUGAUGCUACAAUGCUUGCUGAGGAGGAGUCCCGAAUGAUCGCACAAUUGCUCAGCAACUACCAGUGUUUUGGCGAGCAAGAUCGAGAUGUUGGAUGCUGUGAACUCCCGCCAUCGUCUUAUUGUUCUUCUCAUGCAGCUGAUUCAUGUUGCUGUUGGUCAGCAAAUGAGAACAGCAACCCCAGUUUGUGCUACUGGUCUCAGAGUGGAGAUGAAUCCGAUGGAGCACAUGCAAUCGGCACUGUGCCGGUCUUCACGAACCAUUGCUUGGUGGGAGAUCAAGUCGCUGUGAAUCAAACUUUGAGCUUGCACGAACCUACUGCUGCUCAUGCAGAGAUGCCAAAGCGCAAGAGAGAGUCUCAUGCUUCUGAAGAUGAUUUCCGUCGUCAAAGUUGUAAGAAAAAGCUUCAGGCUCCGACGAAUAGCAGUGGCCGGAGUUGCUGCAGCCACAGCUCUGAGGAAGACUCACAAGCUUUCCAGGCUGAUCUUAAUACGAAAACACGAUCGAAUCGAUGGCCAGCCACAGAUCCUCAAAGCCUCUAUGCAAGGCAAAGAAGGGAAAGAAUCAAUGCUAGAUUGAGGACAUUGCAGAACCUGGUGCCUAAUGGAACUAAAGUUGACAUUAGCACAAUGCUCGAAGAAGGUGUUCGUUACGUAAAGUUCUUGCAGCUGCAGAUAAAGCUUUUGAGCUCGGAUGAGCUGUGGAUGUACGCUCCUGUUGUCCACAGUGGGAUGAUUGAUGGCCGAGUCAACUCAGAGAUAUUUGUGUCUGCAAACACUUGUAAUGAGUGGUUCUGAGUCAAUGCAGUAAAUAAUUUGAACUCUGGUUAAUAAGCAACAUCACCAUCAACAUCACUGUCCUUUUGAUGAGCUUGUUGUACAUGAAGUCUCACA